AUGCAAAGAUUAUUUUUUCGACGAUAUUUAACAAUAAAGAGUGGUCAACGAGGAUGGCGUCGAUAUAUUGAUCGUUUAAAAGAACGUCCAGCAUCUCAUAUAACUGCAUUUGCUAUAUUACAUGAAGUAACUGCUGUAAUACCAUUUCCAUUAAUUUAUUUUCCAUUAAAAUGGUCACGUUUUGGAGAAUAUCUUCCGAUUCCAACUGAAUAUAUUCAAGAAGGAAAUAAAAAAAUAAAUCGUAUUCGAACUCGAUAUGGUUUUAAACCAUUAGAUGAAUCAUCAUUAGUUUUAAUUAAUCUUUCAAUGACAUAUGCUAUUGUUAAAGUUAUUCUUCCAUUACGUAUUGGAUUAAGUUUAAUGUUAACACCAUGGUUAGCUUCAAUUAUUACUCGUUCAUUAUCUUUAUUUCAACGUUUGAAAAUAAAAUUUUUUUCAUAA